GUUUACUGGGAGCUCGACGGGACACUGGCGUUUUUUAAAUGGGUUUCGAGUGAGUUCGCGUUAUUUUCAGGCAACAAAUCACACUCGCCCGGAGCCCGGAGCCCGGAGCUCGGAGCUCGGAGCUCUCCCCCUCGGCGGUCUGACAGCUCCUGUCACUCACCUGCUGCGCGCCUCAGCCGCCUCCUAACCUGCUGCCCCAGAUUUGACAGGAAAGGCCUUCAGAAAAGCAGCGGCAUCGCUGUGAUUGACGUGGACCACGCCCGGUGCUUCCCAGCAAUGGAACCAAUCACAGCCAGACAGGCGGGGCCACAAGGGUACUCCCGCCUUCAAGCUUGGUUUGAUCACUUUGAGAGAUGAAUACUGAUAUUUCGCUCAUGUCUCGGAUAGUCACAGAUAGUGAUGUGGAUACUAUGCAGACGUUGAAGUUUGGCGGCUGUCACCAGAAAGACCCUACAUUUAAUAAAGUGCGAAGUUUCACUGAAGCCCACUCGGGAUCUCCAUCUGACAGCAAGCACCUGAUGGAUGAGCUCGAGGUCAUCAAGUUCCACAUUGAAGUCCAAACCAGAACCAUUGAAUCCUUGAAUCAAACAGUGAGCCUCCUAGCAAAGGAGCGAAGCCAUCAUCAACAGCAGAUCCGACUACUGGAGGCGGAAGUGAGGAGACUGAGCAUGAGCAGUAAUAUUGAAGAGGACAGAAUUAAUUUAAUGAUAGACAGAAAGAUUGAAGACUGGAAGAAAGAACUGUCCUCAAACCUAACCAAAGCACAAGAGGCAGUCCAGCAAACAGAAAACCAAGUGCAGACAACAGAGACCAGCAGCCAUGCCGAAGAACUUGCUGCAGAAAUACAUGAGAGUAAAAAGUUUUUAUGGGAAGAAUGUGAAUCAUUGCGGAAAGAAAUAGAGCAAAUUAAUCGAAAGCUAACUAUUCAAGAGGAUGAUUUGUUAAGCAGUUUGACAGAUUGCAAGAUACUCAGACAAAACCAAAAGAAAUAUAAUCAGAUUCUAGAGAGACUAAUACAAAGAUGCAGACAAGUGCAGUCUCUGGAUCCUGAACAGGAGCUGAAAGACAUUAAAUUAGCAAUGAUUGAUAUGCAGGAGCAGAUUCAGAACCUUUGUUAUUCCAACAAACAAAACAAUACCAUUGCCAGGAUUAAGAGAGGUAGAAGUAUUGAAUGCACAAGGAAAGAGCUGAUGGUGAAACACUUGUCCAAUGCCUCAGAUUCUGAUACCGACACAUGGUAGAACAGUCUAAGCUUUUGACAGCUACUGCCCUGAAUACCAUCAUCCAAUGACCCAGCUGCCGGAACAGCAUCACAGACAGGUGCAAAAGGCCAGGAGCAUCAAGCUUAAUAAAAUAAAUUACAC